GCGAUCAGUUUGCCAGAAACACUGGUCGCAAUAUUUACAAUUUUAUACUGAUAAGGCAGCGCGAAAUAUAAAGCAUACAACCAACAAAAAGAGCAAAAUGUCACGACUACGAGUUCAUACUAAAACGAUAACGUUAAUAUUAAUCUGGCUUGCUGUGGCCACACACGUACAGGCUGGUCUGUUCAGCAUACCUGAUCUGGGUAAAAGUUUGCAGAAUAUUGCGACGGGAGUCUCCAAAGACAUAACCAGUUACAUACCAACACCGGAGGGCAUUUUCGAGUCGAGUAAGAAUCUAGUGGCCGGUUAUCCGUUCGAAGUGACUUCCUCGGCAAUAAAUUCGAUUUGCUCCUCGGCACUUUCAUCACAAACGAUAAGAUCGCGGGUCACUCCAGAUUUGAAGGAAAUGCAAUUUCAGCUACGCACCUCCUGUAAUAAAUACAGUUAUCCGCUGUUGGAUGCUAAUCAAUUAUGGCGUGGUCCCGAAUUCGACCCGUCGAAGAAGGUUGUCAUUCUGGCUACCGGCUGGACCACAACUGUUAAUAACUCGGAUACGAUCGAUAUGUUGGCCAAGGCGUAUAACUGUCGCGGUGAUGUGAAUUUUGUGGCCGUCGACAUUGCGAACUACGUGGCUACGCUAUACACUUGGGCCGCACUGAAUACGGAUGAAAUUGGCGCGAGUCUCGCCGAAGGCCUCUAUGUAUUAUCUCAGAUAGUACCGUUGGAAAAUAUACAUCUAAUCGGCCACAGUCUGGGUGCGCACAUCGUCGGCGCCGCCGGGCGUUACUUUAAUUACAAAACUGGCAAGCUUGUGCCUCGCAUAACUGGUUUGGAUCCAGCGAAACCGUGUUUCAACGAAGGUCACGUACUUUCCGGUCUACAGCGUGGCGACGCUAAAUUCAUCGAUGUGAUUCAUUCGAACCCCGGUGUGCUGGGCAAACGCGAUCCAAUGGGUGAUGUAGAUUUCUAUCCGGGCGGUUUGGAUCCUCUGCCAAAAGGUUGUCUGGACGUAGUUUGUGCACAUGGCCGUUCGUGGGAAUAUUAUGCGGAAUCCGUUUAUCCAGGCAAUGAAUCGAAUUUCAUGGCGAAACGUUGUACUUCACAGACGAGAUUGCUUGAGAAUAAGUGUCCGGGUGCUGAUUCCCCCAUGGGCUAUGCGGUGUCCCACGAACUCAGAGGCAAUUACUUUUUGGAGGUGAGGGGAGCAGCGCCAUACGGCUUGGGCGCUAAUAGGGAGAAAAUUGGUAGGCAGGCCACUUGUGGUUUAUGUCAGGAGAAGAAAGAGGAGUGAGAUGUGAUCUAAAGUUACUUUGUGUGAAAACUUAAACAUAUGUUGUGAUUAUUAAAUUUGCUUUGGUUUAAAUAUUGGCUUCCUUCAAAACACAAUGCAUGUUUUCUAAAUAAAUAGCGUAUUUUGUAGAAUAGUAGCAACUCUGUUCAUAUGUCUAUAAUGUACAUAAUUAAAUAUAUUUUUAUUAAAUAAUAUUUUUAAAAA